GCAGAAGUGAAACGUAACGAUGACUUCGAAUACACAUUUGUGUCUUUGCUUCGACGACCAUCCAGUUCUUGAAGAUUGUCAGUGACAUGCAAGGCAACCAUGCGUCGGCGAAAAUUUGCCCAUUUUCACGAAAAGCCACCAAUCCUGAUGACUGCACCCUCACGCUAGACAAAGAGAUCAAGGACAUACUAGCUUCUUCGAGGAACUACGAUGAAUUGCUGCACGUGUGGAACGAGUGGCGCAGAGUCUCAGGAAAACCCGUGAAAGAGAAAUUCACCCGAUACGUCCAACUCCUGAACGAAGCAGCGAAACUCAACGGUUUCGACGACGCCAGUGGGCUGUGGCAGAAUCAGUACGAGUACGAUGGUUUCGAGGAUAAUGUAAAACGGCUCUGGGAGCAACUGUCUCCCUUGUACCAGCAACUACACGCGUACGUCAGAACGAGGAUACGCAAAAUGUACGGCGCCGACAAGAUACGAGAAGAUGGCCCCAUACCAGCUCACCUUCUAGGUACUAUACACUCCCAGCAGUGGGGGCCUUUGUACAAAGCAACACAACCUUUCCCGAACAAGGAUGCAAUAGAUGGGACGUCAGCUAUGGCAAAGAAUAAUAUGUCUGUUGUCGACAUGUACAAACUUGCGGAGGAGUUCUUCACAUCUAUGGGGCUUCCGGGAAUGCCAAAAAGUUUUUGGGAGAGGUCGCUAUUCGUUAAGCCGCCCGACAGGGAAAUUGUCUGCCACGCUUCUGCCUGGGACUUCUGCAACAAUGACGAUGUCAGGUUGCCAUAA